AUGGACGACGACUACGACACGGGGGCCCUUAUGGAGGACCCGGAAGACUACUACCCGCCGUCGCCGCCGCCGACCAAGCAAAUCUUCACCAUGCAGAGCGGCAAGGCCGUGACGCUGCACCUCGUGGGCCACAGCCCGACCGAGGCCCAUCACCUCUGGAACGGGGCAAAGUUCAUCUCCGACUACUUCGAGGACGAUCCCGCGCGCGUGCGCGGCAAGGCCGUCCUCGAGCUCGGCGCCGCGGCGGGCCUGCCCUCGCUCGUGGCCGCCAUCCUGGGCGCGCGAAGGGUCGUCAUGACCGACUUCCCGGACCCGGACCUCGUGGCCAACAUGCAGAAGAACAUUGACGAGUGCGACGCCACCGUCGAACCCGAGGGCAGCGUCGCCGCGAGGGUGGAUGCCAUGGGGUUCGUCUGGGGGGCGGACCCGGCGCCGCUGCUCGCCCGCCUCGCCGCCUCGGACGAGGCUGCUGCCGAUGCCGGGGCAGCAGAGCAGCGGUUCGAUGUGCUCGUCCUCGCGGACCUGCUCUUCCGCCACUCGGAGCACGGGGCCCUCGUCAAGACCAUCAAGGAGACCAUGACGAAACGUGGCGCCGCGUACGUCUUCUUCACGUCGUAUCGGCCCUGGAAGCAGGACCUCGACAUGCGCUUCUUCGACGUUGCCCGAGACGCGGGUCUCUCGGUGGAGCAGGUCUCGGAAAGGAAGUUGGAGAAGCCCCUCUUCGAGAACGACCCGGGCGACCUCGACGUGCAAAAGACCGUCAAGGGCUUCGUCGUCCGCUGGGCCGACGGCGCUGCUGCUGCUACCGGACCAUAUACAAGUAAUAGUAGCGGUAGCUCUGCUCAAUAG